AUGUCGACUUCUGACGCCGCCCAAAUCCAAAUCCUCAAAGACGAAGUCAAAGCGCUGGAACAAAUGCUGGCGCAGAGCCAACGGACAUCCGCCUUCUAUCAAGAACAAAAUGAUAAUUUGAUGGCGGACAUACAAAGUCUCAGACAAGGACUGAGAGCCCCAAGUGUCGAAGACUUUGAAAAGGGUCGUGAUGGUGCUCCAACCCGCGCCGAGUUUGAGGAACUUCAAAAACAAUUGUCCGACGCCCAAGAUGCCAACAAGGAUCUUCAGAAACAGCUGUCCGACAAUCAAGACUUCCACAAAAUCCUUUUAGGGAUGUUGGAUGACAAUGUGGGUAUCAUCGAGGUAGAGAUGCAGACCAUGUUGCGUCUGGCAGAGGAUCGAUCUCGCUUCGCCACAAGAGUACGCCCUAGACUCCUAGAGACUCUUGCGGCUUACCAGGCAUCGUAUCAGAUAUUCCCUGAACACAAACUGGCACAGGAGGCUACAGCAUCCGCACGGCAGCAACAGUCCGUGCCUACCCAAGCUCAGGGUCACGCCAUCAGAAAGCGAAGUUAUGAUACGACAUUCUCUACCCAGGCGGUCGGUCAAGGGCAAGGUCAGGACACGACGUCUUUCAACUUUGGUCCACGCGGUAGAUUAAGGCCUUUUGCCCAAAGUGAAGACUAA